AUGGAAGUAUUUGAAAUUCAGAGUGCAUUUGCACAACAUCAUGACAUAAAUCGACUCGAUGCAAAGAUGAAAGCCAAACCGCAUUGUUGGUGGUAUUUCGUGGUAAUUUUAUCAACAAUAGAAAGUCAAAAGAUAAUGAUGAUGAAACACAUCCGUCAGAACAAUUUAAAAAUGUCAAAUGGAUGA